GAGCUUUUGUAGCUAAGCCAUCAGUUCUCAUUUCAUAUGAGUUUAUGAUUAACUGAGGUGGACUAGAAAAGUGUAUGUCUAUUACUCCAAAUGAUGUGUGGGAAUAGGUUGAAAGUACAAUUUUUUAAACAAACAAUACUAAGUAUCGUCUUAGUCUUAUUUCUGCAUUGCCACAAUCCAUCCGUAACUACAAUUCUAUCACACGUAACCAAAGUUUAAAACAAGUACGAGUUUGGGCAUUUUAAAAUCGCGCAACGCGCGAACAACUUGCUAGUUUUAUCUUAUAUGCGCGUAUGGUGUGAAUGAGAAUCGAGAACAGAUAGUAUUAAAUACCCAUAUGGUUCAUGGGAUACGAGUAUAGUAACUUGUGGCAGUACUUUUAUGAAAUUAUUAUUGUGGCGAUAAGUUUUUUUUAAUCUGCAUACUCCUAUGAGAAUAAUGGAGAUCCUUAAUUUGUUUAAGAAUAAUGACUAAAAUAGAUUAAGGUAGACUGGACAUAGACAAUAAUAAAAUACAAAUACCACAAGACAAGACAACUAGACAAGACUAGUUGAGACUAGGCUGAAAAGGAUUAAUGCAAAACAGAAUCAAACAGAUUAGUCUUGUUUAGAAGAGACCAUUACAGACCAGAGUCACCAGAUUAGGGAAAUUUUUUGUUUACAAUAAAUUUGGACUUUGCACCAUAGUCUCAACAAAGCUUAACAUAAAGAUAUAAACUUGAGAUGCGAACUCAGAUUUCUACAGGUGUGGUGCAAAAUCCAAUUUCAGUGUAACCUUGGUGUGCAAAAACCAGUUUUGACUUUGUGUAAUUUACUUCGUGUAACUGCUAAGCACGAAGUUCCGAUUUUUAUGUGAAAACGAGAAAAUUCAAAUGCUUCAUUUUACAAUCUGUUUAAUCUCCAGUUGCCAUCACAAUAUUUGUUAAGUAGGUAAUACAAAUGUGGAAUGACUUAUUGUAUAUUGAUUUGUAAGCAGAUAAAAAUUAGUUUGAUUAAGUAAAUUAACCUAAGAUAGGUACCACACAAGCAGGCAGCCCCCCACCCCCAUGAACCUCACUACAAAAUAUGGAUGUAAGAACCCAUGCUAUGAUGCCAGUUUAUUUUUUAAACCUGGAAGGGAUCAACGAGUGCAGUGAGAGCACACUCCUUUUUAGGUCGUAUUAAAUAAAAGAAAGGAUGCUUAGUUUUGCUUAGUCUUGCUUCCACUUUGAUGUAGGUUGUUGUUGCCUGUAGAGAUUUUCCCCAUCCUCGCCAUCUUUGUGCUAAAUUCCCCUUUGCUACAACAUCACAUGAAAUCCACUGUGACAAGGUAACUAUGUUUCCUUUAUAUUCUAGUAUGCCAAUCCUUGCAUGAUAGGCUUUCUGCUACUUAUAUCUUUCUGCAGAAGGUUAUUAUUCCCAUGAAUAUAUGGUGUUACUAUCUCACUUCGAUAGGUACCCUGAUCAAUUCCAGUUAUAACCUAACAUACUCACCCUUUUUUGUCGUUUUCAUUUUAUUCAAUCUUUUUGUCCUAAAAUAAUUGCAACUCAAUGUGUAUUUCAUACCUGUCUUCCAAAUUUGCCCUCAUUGACUUUUCUCAUAUUAAAUGCUAUUCAUACUCGUCACGGCCUCACCUAGUUGGCGACUAGGUGUCCUGGCGCUAGGGAUUGGUCGCCGGAUUCCCUCGUCUCGCCAGAAGAAGAGUUGGCAACCUUGGUGGCGUCCACCCGUCGUUGAGGCAAGCUCUUGGCGAUAAGGCAUCCCGAUUUUGGCUAGUCUAACCGCAGUCCGCAGGCCCGAGAAACUAAUUUAAUUAAGGCUUUUAAUUAAAGCCAAAGCCCAAAGUAAUCUUAGCUGAUCAUAGAGACGUAGUCUAGAGACGCAGAUGAGAGCGCAGAACUCCAGGAAGCAGAACUCUCACAGUUGCACUCUCUCGCAGGAAGCAGCCGACUAGUAUGCUCCCAGGCCCCCAUCUCUUCUCGUCUUGUCGAACUUCUCCUCUCAUGUGUCGGUUGAUUUUUUAAUAUUCUAAUUAAUUAAGUUGUAUUUUUAAAUACAUAUAUCAUUAUAUUUAUAUAUGUCUAUUAUAUACACAGUACUGUCAUGACCUCGGCUCAUUCAAAGGGCAAGGAGGUUUCCUCAUUCAAAAGCGUGGAAGCGGUAAACUAGAAGGGAAGAAUUAUCUGAUGGGCCGUACCAAAGAAUAAAAAGUGGGCCGGAUUGCACCCAAUAUAUAUUAUGCUAUAUUAUUAUGUUGGACUAUGCUUUAUUAUUAAAACCCAACUUAUGUUAUGAGGGUUGCUUCUAUUCUUAGAAAGAAGGAAUAGUAUAAAUAUUUGUACUGUCCGUUUACAAAAGCAGAAUGAUUAUUACAUUAUUCUCACUGACUUCUUCCCCAAGUAUUCUGUCUAUCUCCCUUCUACUUUUCCGUUUCCGAUCAUAUUGUUCUUCGACUAUUGGCCAUGCCAUAACAUUUGGUAUCAGAGCCGUCUGAUCCAGGAAGAUGGCAGAAGGCACCAGGCUGAAAGAAUGCUUGGAUGGACAGAGAAGGAUAGAACAAUCCCUGUUAGCUGAAACCCUGAAAAGAGAGGCUGCAGAAAUGAAGCAGGAAGAGAUACAGAUCAAAAAUCAAGAGAUCCAAUCAGAAAUUCAUCUUGAAGGUAUUCCUUGGUUCCUUCCAAUUGAUCUUAAGAAAUUUAGGGAUAAAGUUCCUCUUAUUCAUAAUAGGGCAAAGACCUUCUUCAAUUAGAAAUUCCGGAAUAUGUCUUCCCUUAUGAAUAUGAAUCCCCGCAGACCAAUGACAGAUAAAAGAGCUUAUAUCCUUCUUGAGCGAGUGUGGCUCAAAAUUAGACUUAGAAUCCCCCCAAGUGUAUGAAGCAUAAGUUUUCCAGAUAUGCCAGUUUAUUAUCCCUGGCAUACAGUGUUUGUAAACAUCAGUGAUGGAUUUAGAGCCAGCAUCUAGCCACCAAGAAAAACAUACCUGCCUGUGAGAUACUGUCCAACUCUUUAAAGAAGAUGUUACUUCUGUUGUUCAAGAACGGGAGAGGACGGAAAUGACAAACAUCGCAGCUUCUCUGACAGCGAUGAACGAACAGAUUCAGAGCCACUUCGCGACUUAUAUGGCCAUAUUGAAUGAACAGAUUCAGAGAUUUUCUUCUUCACAAUCGAGAUUUUCUUCUUCGCGAUCUUCAUCUCAAAGUUCGAAAUCGCGAACUUCUUCGCAAUUGCAGUCUACCAGUUCGCAGGGCUCAAGGCGUGACUUCUCUCAGUUCGCAGUUCUCAUCGCUGGUUUUGUCGCAAAACACUUCUCACUGUGCGCAGGUUUCAUCAGUCCCACAGGACUUUGUUAGUGGACGGCAAUCUUACUCUACAGAUAGGAGUGUGUCGCGCUCCAGAGAAAAUGGAGAGAAGUUCACUGAGGGCAACAAUGAAAGCCAGAAGAAAUCGCCAGCAGAGUCUCUCACUUCACAAGCUUCACAGCUCAGUUUGAAAGUUAUUAAUCUGCAGCAACCUUCCUCUGACGCUAAGAGUGCUUCGCAAUGUGGAGAGAAAGCAGAGAAGUUCAUUAAGGGCGACUAUGAAAAACGAGGAGAAAUUGUCGGUGGUCGUGUUAAUCUUGGAUGCGCAGAUUAUCGAUGUUCUAUGGGACUCUUCAACUAGGUUGAGGGUAGAGUUCAACCGGUAACUUCUGAAUAUGGUAAUAAUCCAAAUGCUUCAUAUGAUCAAAAUCUUCCUCACAAUGUUGAGAUUGGGCUACAGCCAGGCACUGGGGUUUCAAGAGUGUGGAAUAUGAGACUGUUUGGAGUUACUGUCAAUCCUAGAUCAACAGGUGAACUGUCAAAUGGAGUUGAAGUUUUUGUUAACUCAGUAUAUUCUGAUGAGCAGAUUAAUGAGGAUGAGAAUGCAGAAGUUCAGGGCAUGAAAACAAAUUCUGCCACUGGUGAGGUACUUGAGACAGUAAGGGACAUCAAGAGGGAUGAAGAGUUAACAAUUUAUCACAACUAUGUUCCUGUUUUUGGUGGUGGUGUAAAUAAAGGUGUAGGUCGUACAUCACAGGAAAGCAAACAAACAUUUGUUGCUAUUGAAGGCUGGAAGGUUACUGAAGCGAAUGGAAUGUCACUCGAUACACCCUCUCCUACCAGGGAAGGAACAAUUCAGGGAGUGAGGAAUGUCCAUGCCAAAGCAUUAUCAUGGGUUUGGGAGCCUAUUGAUCAGGGCAAGGCAAGGCCAAGGGAAUUUCUUGAAGAAAUACGUGUAAAAGGAGCGGGAUUUGGUGGAAAUUACCCAAAGGCAGUAGAGUCGGCUUAUGAUAUCAAGGAAUACUUUUACACGAAGGGUUAUGGGGUGAAGAAUGAUUAUAUCCUAGUAAAAGAGAAUUUUGAGAAAGAUGCUGAUAAUGAGUCUGCUUGGUUCUACAACCUUGGGGCUAUUGUAUCUGAGGUGAAGAGCUUGGAAAGCAUUAAUACUAGUGCAGCUACAACAACUCUAAACUCUUCCACUAACUCCUGGAGUGUUGCUAUUGGGAACAAAUCUGGUCAAGUUCCCUAUUACAGGCUUGGCAGCAGCUCUGGCUUGGAGAAAACAAGAUUGCAUUUGAUCACUGAACCCAACACUGAAGUCUCCCUUUUCCCAAGUGGUGCUGGGUAUCAAUGCACAGCUAUCUUUUCACUUGUCAGUUUCCCAGUAUGCAUCUGGCAGUGCAUGAUCCAAAUGGGUUAUGGCGUUUGAAAGCCGUCAGGUUGCUCUGCUUGAUAUUGGUUCACCCUUGGUUUUGUUUCUAAUGUACAGUCCCUCUAGCUCAAGAUCUCUGGUCUUUUCUUCUAAGGCAUUUUUGGGUGUUCAUCAAAGCACUGUGAUACCAGAAGGUGGAAUCCCUUAUAGAAGUGAGGAAGAACUUGCUUUGUGCUUAACCAGAGAUGGACGCAUUAUUUUAAUGACUGGCAGCAUUGGCAGUUUGAUCAAUUCGCAGCCAGUGCAUCCAGAGAAGGAUAUUGAAAGGAAAGAUCAAGCAGCACCAUUUGAUCAUGAGGAACAAAACCAUUACAAAAAUCCCAACAAUCAGUGUGUUCUCCAGGCAAGCAAGCUCAUGGUUCUGCCAUCAGUUAGAUAUUGGGAAGGCAGAGGUGCCAGGAUGAAGAUGAAGUUGAAGAUCAAGAAGGCCUUUUCCUAUCACCCACCUUGAGGACAAGGUGGUUGUCUAAGGGGGGAGAUAUGAUAGGAUCCCAGGCUGAAGAAAAAUACUGAUAAUAGUAAUAGAGUGAUGUUAAGCAAUGGUGGUAGAGUAAAAAUAAGGGUUCUGGGCCAUGUAUAUGGGCUUGGGCCCUUUAAGAAUAAAAUUAGUAUAAGAGUGAGAGGGAGGAGUGGGGGAGGUUAGGUAGAAAUUGGAUCUGGAAUUAGGCCUUGGGAGUGUGAGACGACUCGAACUGUCUCAAACCUUUCUUCUCUUCUAUUUUCUGUUUUACGCUACUGUACAUGGGUUUACUGUUAUGCGCCAUUGUACCGGGAGGAUCGGUUCCUCAGAUUUUAUCAAUUGAACACUACAUUUCUGCUGCUUUGUUGAGUUACCUAUCAUCAACAAGCACUAAAAUACCUCCUAGACCAGAAUAUAACUACUCCUCUCCAGGAAAGGUGGAUUACCAAAUUGUUGGGAUUAGAUUAUGACAUACAAUAUAAAAAGGGGGUUGAAAACAAGGUGGCUGAUGCACUCUCUAGGAAGAAGGAAAAGGAGGAAUGUUGGUCUAUAUCAGUGGUGAGACCUGCAUGGAUGCAGCAAGUACUCCAGAGCUAUGAACAUGAUACCUAUCUAUCACAAAUAUUACAAGAAAAGCUCAUAGACCCUGCUUCAAAUCCAGAUUUUGAAAACAUUGAUGGGAUUUUAAGAUAUCAGGGGAGAGUAACCAUUGGCCGCACCACAGAAUUAAAAUACACCAUCUUCAAGGAAUUACACACAUCUGCAAUUGGGGGACAUUCCGGUGUACAAGACACCUACAUGAGGAUAAGAAGGUUAUUCUACUGGCCUAAAAUGAAGGGGGAUAUCACCAGGUGGGUCAAGGAAUGUGAGAUAUGUGCCCAAUCCAAGCCAGAAGGGGGACCCAAUCCUGGGCUGCUACAACCUCUCCCUAUCCCUGACCAGGUCUGGAGCCACAUCAGUAUGGACUUCAUCGAGGGGUUGCCCAAGUCACAUGGAAAGGAUGUCAUCUUAGUUGUAGUGGACAGACUAACUAAGUAUGGGCAUUUCCUGCCUUUAUCACACCCCUAUACUGCUGCAAUAGUAGCUAAGGUGUUCUUAGACUGUGUGUACAAACUACAUGGGCAACCUCUAGACAUAUUGACUGACAGAGAUGUAGUGUUCCUGAGUGGGUUCUGGAAGGAGUUAUUCAAGCUUAUGGGGACACUUGAGCUACACCUCAUCCUACCACCCCCAGUCUGAUGGACAGACAGAGAGGCUAAACCAGUGUUUAGAGGCUUACCUCAGAGCUAUGGCUUUUCAUAAUCCCAAGCAAUGGCUGCAAUGGAUACCCCUGGCAGAAUACUGGUAUAAUACCAACUACCAUACCAGUCUCAAAACCACCCCAUUUGAGGCCCUCUAUGGUUACAUACCUCCAACAUUGUCCUUAUCAACCCUAACUAACUCCACAAACAUGGAUGUUAAGGAGCUCAUAGCUCAGAGACAGAAAAUGAAACAGGAGCUGAAGGAGAAUCUAAGGUUAGCACAAGAAAGAAUGAAAUACUUCGCAGAUAGCAAGAGGAGGGACAGGGAAUUUGAAGUCGGGGAUUUGGUCUAUUUGAAACUACAACCGUACAGACAACACUCAGUUCAACUGAGAAAAAAUCACAAGUUAACAGCCAGGUACUUUGGUCCGUAUGCCGUCUUGGAAAGGGUGGGUAAGGUAGCAUAUAAGCUUGACUUACCAGAGGGAGCUAAAAUAUAUCCAGUGUUCCAUGUCUCUGUACUGAAACGCUGCAUCAGUCCCAGAGCUAAGGUGAUAUCUGCUCUUCCCCCAGUUGACCAUAAUGGGUGUUUCUUCAUUGCUCCAUCAUCCAUCAAGGAAAUCCGCUCAAAAACCUCAGGAUCUGGGCAGAUGACGUUACUGCUGUCCAUCGAACCAGGGCAGGGAACUAUCGAAGGGUGGAUCUCAAAAGGGAAGUUCAGGGAGAUGUUUGCGGCUAGUGAUCCUUGUGGACAAGGAUCGGAAAAAGGGGGGGGUAUUGUCAUGAUCUCGGCUGAUUCAAAGGGCAAGGAGGUUUCCUCAUUCAAAAGCGUGGAAGCGGUAAACUAGAAGGGAAGAAUUAUCUGAUGGGCCGUACUAAAGAAUAAAAAGUGGACCGGAUUGCACCCAAUAUAUAUUAUGCUAUAUUAUUAUGCUGGACUAUGCUUUAUUAUUAAAACCCAACUUAUGUUAUGAGGGUUGCUUCUAUUCUUAGAAAGAAGGAAUAGUAUAAAUAUUUGUACUGUCCGUUUACAAAAGCAGAAUGAUUAUUACAUUAUUCUCACUGACUUCUUCCCCAAGUAUUCUGUCUAUCUCCCUUCCCCUUCUACUUUUCCGUUUCCGAUCAUAUUGUUCUUAGACUAUUGGCCAGGCCAUAACAAGUACACACGCAUACGGUCAAUCAGAGGCACAGAGCAUAGGAUGUUUGGUGCGAUUUUAUAGUAUUAUACUAUUACUGUAUGCUCUGUAUGUUAUAAAUUAAUAAACUAUUAAAAUAUUAAUAAAAACUACCCUGUAUUAUACUAGUAUAUAAUUACGUAUACAAAUACUCCGUAUAUGAAUUAUGAUAUACGUACUUUAUGAGAUAGCCAUUUUUACUUCGAAUUGCCCUUACUGAACCUUUGUUUCAAACUUUCAAUUAUUAAUUGUUGGUUUCAAUUCUCGGUAAUACACAAUUUAAUUAGUAAUUUAUUAUAUAUAAUAUACAAUAAAUUACAAAUUAAACAUAGUUAUAGAAUGUUAUAUAUAAUUAUACAUAAUAUAUAAUAUACUAUACAAUGUAUGACUAGUCACCUAAUUGUCGCCUAGGUGGGUGCCUUGUCGCCUAGGCAAUAUGGCGGUCGGUUGGCGCCACGACUCACCUUACCGCCGUAACAAGUAUGAUGCUAUUUAAUUUUUCCUUGAGAAGAUAUUAGAGACAUUUUUAUGUUGAACUCUAUAGGGAUAACAUUGGCACUUUGUAAUAUUGACACAUUUCUAAAACAUCAUUAAACUAGGAUCGAGAGAACAACUAAUGUGUUCCAAGGAAAUAUGUUAGAAGUUAAUGUUUUAACUUUCCUUUCUGAGUUUGAGUGCGAAAAGAUAUACUUCGUAUUACAUUUUGGCUGUUUUGAUGAUUGUUGGUUUACUUAUUACAGUGUCAUUGUUAUAUUUGUGAGUCACUGGCUCCAUGUCUCUACUGGGGAAAGAACUGUGUUGUGUCCCACUGCGAUGCUACUGAUAAAAUAGCACUUUGGAGAACCCAUAGAGAAGGCAGAAAGAACAAUAUCGCUCGUGGGUUAAGUAAUCUGACCCUUGGCCAUGCCAAAUCUGAACUAAUUUGAGAUCCUUCCCUGCUCAGGAUUCCUUUUGUGCCCCUCCAGUUCAAAGCAUUUUAUAUGAAAACAGGCAACUGGAAACCCAACUCAAGCCUUCGGCACAUCCUGCAUUUAUCCCGCACUUAUGAUGUUACAAUUGGAUGCACAUGUAUGAACUCUCGAACCACUCUUAUUCUUCACCCCUAAUUUCUCUCCUCCAAAAGCAGUUUGAUAGGGACUAUAGCUCUUGGUGAGGUCAAUGGUGCUCGGACCUGGUCCAAGCAGUUUGAUAGGGACUAUAGCUCUUGGUAUUUGAUAUGUAUGCAUGCCAUUUUGGGGGAGAGUGAUUUAUGUGGGCGGCUUUGGAUGAUAUAUGCCUAUUUUAUUAAGGAAUUUGUCCAUGGGUAGAACUUAAGGUUUAUACCCAUGCAUGAUACAUUGACUGGUGUAUAUUGUUGUUAUUUUUGGAAGGUUGCAACUUUUUAACUCUUGCAGUUGCUCUUACUACUCCUGUUAAUAGUUUAGCAUUUCAUUUUCUAUGAAAAGCUUUUAAUCCCAAGCCUAACGGCCUAUAUGGCUAUAUGCCAUUGCCCCUUCAUGUAACUACGUCAGUUAAAAUGUGGGUCAUUACUCACUAGUUGGUGCCUUAUACUCCGUACUAUUUAUGUAGGGAGCAAAAACAUUUCCUGCUCACCUCUCCCACGGCCCACCAGUUAACCUGAAGUAAGUAAUAACAUAAUAUUGCACAUUUGCCCUUACAAAUCACAACAAAGCUAAUGGAGUGUGCUAUGAGGACCUACUUUCCACCAAUAGCCUUAUGGCCUCCUUCAAACUUUGAGAGAGCACCACUUUCAUCACAAUGAUGCCUUGUUACACCACUCCAAAAGAUCCAUUGUGUUUCCCCUCACCCUAUUGAUCUCUGAGACUAUAAUAGUAAACAGUUGCUGUUGGUGAUUUUAGUAUCACCAGGUUCAUUUUAGUGUAAUGGAAUUUACAGAUUACCAAUGGAGUUCAAGUUUAAUUUUAGACAAGUUAGGAGGUGCAGAGCGCACACUUGUACGAAAUUAAAUUUAAACUUGGUUCGAUUAAAUGGCGGGGG